AUGAACACCGACGAGCGCAAUUUUCGAUCAAGUUAUUAUGAGAAAUGCUUGAUCAACAGCGUCGAGGAGAACAAGUCGAUCAACAAGUUGCUUGAGGAUGACAUACGCAAUUUGAACAAAUUGAAGCAAUUCUGUAUGAACUACACUGUUCCGAAUGUCCACCGAAACCAUCUUUGGUCUCUUGUCAUGGGCAUAUUACCGCUUCACAAGACAUCCACGGACUUUGUUCGCGAUCAACGUCGGGAUGUGUAUCAGGAUCUGCUGCGGGCUGUGUCCGUGCUGCGGUGUGUGGACCAAAAGAAGGAGCUGGUGAUGCACACAAUGUGGCUGCUGGAAUCGAAUCGAUUGUGGCACGGGGGCAAUGCGAAUGCCACUAUGCAGGCGGAUGACAUGCAUUUCAUUGAAAUCGUGAGGACUCUGCUGCAAAUUUUCACCAACGAUGUGGAGACCUAUUGGAUAGCAAAAGGGUUCUACAACUACACGCGCGAGCUGAAAAAGGAAUGCCCCAAACUAAAGGAGCAGAUCCAAAUCCUGCUCAAGCGCGAGGACCUCUCACUGUUCAACCGCUUGGAACAGCUGGGUCUAUUCGACAGCACUUCGGUACUCCUGGACAACUGGCUUAUCACCUGCUUUGCCGGCGUCAUAUGUGAGACGGUGCUGGUCAAGAUCUGGGACAAGGUGUGCGGGGGCUCGCGCAAAAUUGUUGUGUUCCUCUUUGUGGAGCUAGUCAAGGACAUAAGGUACCUGAUUCUCAAGCAAAGCUCCCUUGCAGAGGUCAAAAGACUGAUAGAAACGGUGGAGGAUCCCGAUGGUGUCAUAGUUAACAAGGCCAUCAAAUCGCUGCAGAUAAACAAUAGCGAAGUCGACUACACGCAUUAAGUAA